CUAGUUGGUGGCACUGUGAUUGAGAAAGCGCAUGCGCAGCUCCGUACAUCGGCACUGUCAGUGUAGUCAAGUGAAGUUUCGAGGCGAGAAGGUUGGUCUCCUAUCGUUCUGUUGCAAUUUCCAACGCUCGACUUGGUAACUGGGUGUUGGUUCGUUGGUAACUUUCAUAACUCUUCAUCCUCCUCAAACUUAAAAUCAAAACAUAGAACACUUAAUCAAUGGACCCGCACACGAAUAAUUGCAUGUCACUGCAUUUCACACGGUGAAAUGUCGGUCUUGGUGGUUGGGGAGUCGGGGAAUCUUUCUUCAACCCUCGAAUCUAGUCAUGAAAAUCACACGCCAGUCGAAGAAGAUCGCCGCGGCGACGAACAACACGUCACGCUCGCGUAGAUUCCAAUGCGCCACAUGCCAGAAGCGCUUCUUAUCGCGCAACGACCUACGCAAGCACGAGCGCAUCCACACGGACGAACGUCCUUACGUGUGCGAGAAGUGUAACAUGGGUUUCAGGCAAUGCGGCUCGUUGAAAAAUCACAUGGCCUCCAAACACAACGAGGACUUGGAAAGUCCGCCGGUGUUCAUAUGCAAUUAUUGUCAUAAAGCAUUCCCUAUUAAGGAGCGGUUGAGAUUGCACCUGAGGACGCACACGGGCGUAAAACCAUAUCAGUGCAAGCACUGCGAUAAAACGUUCGCACGUGGCGGUCAACUGGUGCAACACGAGCGCACGCACACCGGCGAACGUCCUUACAAAUGCAAAUAUUGUUCGGCGGACUUUACAUGCCCGGCGAAUCUUAAAUUGCAUCAAUAUAAACACCAAGAUGUGCGAAAUUUCGUCUGUGACAUCUGCGGAAAGAGUUUUAUUAGACGUGAUGCGCUGCGGAAGCAUUUGAAUUGUUUCCAUAAUAAUAUCAAAGCUUUUCGAUGUGAGAUUUGCAAAAAAGAUUUCAAGGGACAUUUACCGCAACAUAUGCGCACACAUCAGAAUGAUAAACCGCAUGGAUGCGCCAUUUGCCAAGCGCGAUUCGCGCAGCGGUCACAACUCACUGUUCAUCAGCGAAUUCACAGCGGUGAGAAACCUUACCGGUGUAAAGUAUGCUGGAAAGCAUUCGCGCAUUCCACCGCGUUGAAACUUCACAUUCGACAGCACACUGGUGAAAAACCAUUUGAGUGUCUCUUGUGUAAGAAUGUUUUCUUUACGCAGCUGCCACAUCUUAAGAAACACAUGCGUUGUAUUCACAAAACAGACAAACCCUAUCUGUGCGUGCAUUGUAAGACUUUUCACAAGACUAAAAGCGAUUUAGAAAAUCAUGCAAAGUCUUGCAGAAAGACAAAAAAGGCGGUUGCCAAUCAAGUGAAACCGGAGGAAGUGGUCCAACCACCAAUGACUGUUGAAAAAAUGCGCCUGUUACUUGCCAUUCUUCUGCAGAGAAUAUCCACGCCUGAAAAGUUAGAAGAACUUGGAUUCAAUAAGAAGUUGAUUGAUGAGGUGCUCAUUGAAUCACUGAAGAAUGCGAAUAAAGUUGUUUGCAACGAAGAGGAUAUCUCCGAUGCGGAGAGGCUGAAGAGAAACAUUCGGUCGCUGUUGGAAUGGACAGUGCCUAAUGAUAUCAUGGAAAAGUUCCAGCAACAGCAUAGGUCUACGGAGGAACUUCUGGAAGAGUUGACUUCGUAAGUUACGGAAAUCAUCAUUGAUUGGUGGAGGUGCAUGCCAUUUUCUUCUUACAGGAACCAAACCAAAAGAAUACCAAAGAAUGGCUAUGAUUAGAUUUAACUGGAAAUUUUGUUUCUAAAACAUUUUACGUUGAAUUUUAGGAAAUUUGAACUUGCCAUAUCAAUUUCUUUUUUAUUUGAAUUGACUUGAUAACUAUAAAGUGUUCCUAGAUUAAUUAAAACUUUGUUGAGAAUCACAAGUCAACAAAAACAAAGAAUUUGUUACCAAAAAAUGAAUAUUAGUGCAAUUUAGUUUCUAUAAUAAUGGGUUUAUAAGUAUUUAAUUGUUUGAAUCUUUAAAAGUGCAAUAUGGUGCUAUAC